UCAACCUCUUUUUCUCUCUUUAUAUCAACUUUCCUCACACAAAAUAAAACACGGGGUAAAGCAAGACAAGAACAUGUCUUCAACAUUGGAUUCCGAAGCCACCGUAGUAGAAGAGUGUCGCGGUGUUCUUCACGUUUAUAGCGACGGUUCCAUAGUACGCUCUUCGCGCCCAAGCUUCAACGUCUCUGUAGUCGACGACGGCACCGUUUUGUGGAAAGAUGUCGUUUUUCACCCUGCCCAUGAUCUUCAGCUUCGGCUCUACAAGCCAGCCGACUCAGCCGGCUCCAAGCUUCCCAUCUUUUUCUACUUUCACGGUGGCGGCUUUUGCAUCGGUUCACGCACUUGGCCUAAUUGUCAAAACUACUGUUUUCGUCUUGCUUCCCAGCUUCGAGUUAUAGUAGUAGCUCCAGAUUACCGGCUGGCUCCCGAGAAUCGACUCCCUGCCGCAAUCGACGACGGCUUCGCGGCUUUUAAGUGGCUUCAGACUCAAGCCGCGAGUAAUGAGCCGGACCCAUGGUUGAGCAACGUGGCUGAUUUUAGCCGGGUGUUCAUCUCGGGUGACUCGGCUGGAGGGAACAUAGCUCACCAUUUGGCGGCUGGACUUGGAUUCGGGUCGCCCAAGUUGGAGUCGGUUCGGGUGAGAGGUUAUAUUCUAUUGGCACCUUUCUUUGGUGGAACUGUCCGAACGAAGUCAGAAGCUGAAGGACCAAAAGAUGCUUUUCUGAAUUUGGAACUUAUUGAUAGGUUUUGGAGGCUUUCUAUUCCGAUUGGGGAAACUACAGAUCACCCUAUUGUGAAUCCAUUUGGACCAAACAGCGAGAGCCUUGAAGGGAAAAGUCUAGAAGCAAUUCUGGUGGUGGCCGGAGGAAGUGAUUUGCUUAAAGAGAGAGCAGAGGAUUAUGCAAGGAGGCUUAAGGAGUGGGGUAAAGAUAUAGAGUAUGUGGAAUUUGAAGGACAGCAACAUGGUUUCUUCACUAUUGAUCCCAACUCAGAACCCUCAAACAAGUUGAUGUUCAUCAUCAAACAUUUCAUAGACAAGAAUGUUUGAAGACCUUCAAACUCUGCUGCAACGUCAUCAAAUUCUAAGCAUCAAGCAUCCAUUGCCCUAAACUUGUGUUAGAUUGCUGUUGUAAUAAAACUUUCUCCUUCUAAAAGUUAAUGUGUAUGUUUGUGACAGUGGCAGUAGAGAAUGAACUGUGAGAAUA